CGUUGGAAACGCCCCCAAGAAUCUAGUCCCGCUCGGACGCAGUAUAUAUUGUUCCACAUCGCAUUCACCAGUCCCACUCCUCCGCCAUUUCCGAGCUCCGAAACGAGAAGACAUUCCCCCUCUCUCUCUUUCGCUCUCUCGUUCUCUGUGAAACGUUUUGAUGCUAGUUUGAUGGCUGAUUCUACGAGUUCUUCGUCGGUCUUUACUUUCUGUUGCUUAGCCGCCUUCUUACUUUGCUUCUCUCGCUCGCCGUUGCAGGUCGCGGGUUCUCGCCGCCGUGGCCUUGGCGCUGAUGUUGCGGACGUCGGUUCCUCCUCCAACUCCACCGGGCACCACCACAGGUGGAUCGGGCCGGUCGGGCACCGCCUCAUCACCGUCAGCAUCAACGGGUCCGCCGACUUCACGUCGGUCCAGGCCGCCAUCGACUCGAUCCCGGAGAACAAUAGAAAGAACGUCACCAUUCGAAUCAGCGCAGGAUGUUACAUCGAGAAGGUGGUUGUCCCGGCGACCAAGCAGUUCAUCACGUUCCAAGGCGAGGGAAGAGACGUGACGGUGAUCGAGUGGCACGACCGAGCAAGCGACCGCGGCGCCAAUGGCCAACAGCUCCGUACUUACCGAACAGCUUCGGUCACCGUUUUCGCCAAUUAUUUCUCUGCCAGGAAUAUUAGCUUCAAGAACACGGCGCCGGCACCCAUGCCGGGGAAGCAAGGGUGGCAAGCAGUGGCGUUCCGGAUAUCAGGGGACAAGGCCUACUUCUCAGGGUGCGGAUUCUACGGUGCGCAAGACACGCUGUGCGACGAUGCCGGCCGGCACUACUUUAGGGAGUGCUACAUCGAGGGGUCUAUCGACUUCAUCUUUGGAAACGGCCGGUCCAUGUACAAGGAUUGCCAGCUCCACUCGAUCGCCACGAGGUUUGGGUCGAUAGCGGCGCACGGCCGGAAGUCGCCGGACGAGAAGACGGGGUUCGCCUUCGUGGGGUGCAGGGUCACGGGGACGGGACAGAUCUACGUGGGCCGGGCAAUGGGGCAGUACUCCAGGAUCGUCUACUCCUUCACUUACUUCGACGACGUCGUCGCCCGCGGCGGCUGGGAUGACUGGGACCACGCCAGCAACAAGAACAAGACCGUGUUUUUCGGAGUCUACAGGUGCUUCGGUCCGGGGGCCGCGGCAACACGGGGCGUCUCGUGGGCUCGGGAGCUCGAGUACGAUGAGGCCCACCGGUUCCUCGUCAAGAGUUUCGUCAACGGGAGACACUGGAUCGCGCCUUACGACGCUUGAAUGGAUGGCUUCGGCUUAUCUAACCAACCGUAAAUCUACAGUUAGAACGACGGAUGAUUCUUUGGUGUUUCAUGUGUGUUUUUAGGAGAGUAUUCUUUGAUUCCUUCAAUUGAUUCGUACAUAGAGGUCCGAAUUCAUGUCCACUUUGUCUCAUACAAGUCGCCUGUUCCCCAAACUAAAAUGUCAAUAAAUUCCAGCGCAUUCGCUUCUUGAUGA